AUGCCUGAACAGAGCAAUGAUUAUAAUGUGGUGGUGUUUGGGGCAGGGGGUGUUGGAAAAAGCUCCCUAGUGCUACGUUUCGUCAAAGGAACAUUUCGUGAGACCUACAUCCCCACUAUUGAAGACACCUACAGGCAAGUAAUCAGCUGUGAUAAAAGUGUCUGCACCCUGCAGAUCACUGACACCACAGGCUCACACCAAUUCCCAGCCAUGCAGCGCCUCUCCAUUUCCAAGGGACAUGCUUUCAUCUUGGUCUACUCAAUCUGCAGCCGCCAGUCCCUGGAGGAGCUGAAGCCUAUCUAUCAACAGAUCCUUCAGAUCAAAGGCAAUAUUGAAAAUAUCCCUGUCAUGUUGGUCGGGAACAAGUGUGAUGAAACAGUCAAGGAGGUGGACAGUAAAGUGGGGGAAGCUUUGGCUAAGGAGUGGAAGUGUGCCUUCAUGGAAACUUCUGCCAAGAUGAAUUACAAUGUCAAGGAGCUUUUCCAGGAACUGCUUAAUUUGGAAAAGCGUAGAUCCAUGAGUCUGAAUAUUGAUGGGAAGAAGUCCAAACAGCAAAAGCGAACAGAGAAAUUGAAGGGAAAAUGCAGCAUCAUGUAG